AUGAAUCCCUCCUUUCGCUCUCCCAACUCCCAGUCUCCGGGUCGUUCUACACGGGCUCCUCCUGUCUACCGCCCUCCCCAACCGCCGCCUGUGUCGGAUGAAGACGAGGACGAAGACGAGGACGAAGACACCGAUGACGACGAAUUGGCCCGUCCCGGAUCCUCCGGUAGCGAUGCCUCCUCCAACGUGACCACAGUGUCUGCGGCUCCUAUCACUCCGAUCAAUACACAGCCUCCUGCGGCCGGGUACUUCUCCCCUCAUCCACGAUCCGCCUCGGCCACGACCUCGCCCCAACACGCGGCACGCCCCAUGCCGCCAGACGCCUCAGGCGGCCGCCGGCCAUCUGGCCGGGGCCCCUCUCUAGAACUACAAAGACACCGCUCGAGACAUCAUUCCCAGGGCUUCUUCGAACCUUCGUUACCAACGGCCUCGUCGGACCAAAUGCCCCAGAUUUCGGCAUCCCGUAUUGCGGCCCAGGCAGCUAUGCAGCAGACCAAACGAUCUCAGACAAUUAUGACUUCAUUGGAUGAUGGGGCAUCACGAACAUCACGCCGGAGCGGCAGCAUCUCCCCACCUUUGAUGCCGCCUCCUCUUCGGGUGAACCAACCAUCUCCAUCAUUACCUCCUCCCACGGCUGGAAAUGUCGCGACGACCGCCGCGAACGUGGUCUUUCCACGGGCCGGGGCUUCCUCGUCCGACCUGCAGCAGCCGGAAAAACAAAAGAAGAAAAAGCUAUUUUCCAAACCAAAACAUAUUGGCAUCAGUCGCGACAAAGAUCCCUUUGGCCGGGACCGCGGCCUUCCCUCACCAAGCAAGAUCACCGGAUUGUCACGUAUGGUUAGCGCCUCCAGCACGAGUCUCGCUGAUCUCCCUUCAAACAAUUCAUCCAUGUACAAUCUUUCCAAUGCAUCUGUCAGUACGGUUGUACCCGCCGAUCGACCACCCGCACCUCCGGAAAAGGACAAGGACAAGGAUAAGGAUAAGCACAAGCAUCAUUUCCUGUCUCGGCAAAAGCUGAAGCUCAAAGAUCGCGAUGACCAUUUCAAUUUACCUUUGUCUUCGGCCUCGAGUAACUCACGCCCUGCCGAUCCCAAUGCCCCUCAAUCCCUAUACUCAUUCACAAGCCCAGCCUCCCCUGCACCUGGAGCAACAUUUGGAAAAUCCGUCAGUGGGCUGGACCUGCUACACGGCGGACGGGCCCUGCGAGAGAAGAAAAAGGAAGAAAAGGCUCUCGCUGAAUCGGAACAAAUGGAGUGGCUGGCCAACUCAACCAGUGGGAGUAUCGCGCCUGGUGCAUUCGCCGGUCCGUCCUCGAUGAACAGCUCAUCCGGAGCCCUUGGUGAGGCUGUAUUGCGGGAAACAUUGCAAGGCUUUGGCCUGAACAACAUGUCCCCCGAAGAUGCAUGGGACUUUCUCAAGGCUAAGUUGCUGGUCAUUUUCGAUGGAGAAGAUGUACGCAUUGCCAUCGAGGACUUGAAUAAACUCGUCCUGGUUCACUUACAGCGAUGCGUGCAAAAACGAUCUCCGACCUUGAUCAUUAUGGAUCUCCAAGAGUUGCUCGAGACUGGGUUUGCGACGCUUAACCAUAGCACAUUGGUAGGCAUUCCCGAUGAGAAACUUGUUCCACAUCUGGUCCAGAUUUGGAUGUUGGUGUUUGGUACAAUUCUCCCUUUUAUUCAGGCUGUGUUCUUACCAUUGGAUCUCGAGUUCAAAGGAUGUGGCACCCUAAUGACUGGUCGGGAAUCUCUCGAAUUCUGGGGCGCCCUUUCAGCUGGCGGAUCACUUGAUGUGCGGAAUCUUGUUCUGAUAGCCUUCCGAGAUCGCAUCAUCCUGAACCGCUACGAGACACUCAAAGCAACUUUUUCACGACUCAGCUUAGACAGCAUCAAUGCAAGUGGGUUCCCAACGCUAAGUGUGACCGCCAAAAGCGCCGGCACCGGCGGUCGUCCAGGUACGGCUGCAUCUCUUGAUGCCGGACUGGGCAGCUUCAACUCUCAAUCCUCUACUCUGCUUAGCGCUGGCGUGGCAGAUAGCUACUCAUCAGACUCCAUGAGCGCCCUGGCCAAUGCCCGCCCCCCUAGUAGCGACUCCCGUGGCCGUGCUGCAUCCAACACCUCCUCUAACCCAGAUCCACUCAACUUUUCGUCUGUAUCAUCGCCACCGACCUCGAAUCAGCGACCUACUGUGAUUCAUCGCGGUGGUUCCACUGAUUCAUCUCAUGUCAUCACUGAGACAGUCGGGCGAAUGCUUCAGUGUGUCAGUGUCCUGGGUAGCGUCCAGACCGACGAUGCUGCACAGGAGAAAAUCGAGGUUCUCAGCAAAGCGCUGAAGCACAACUGGCUUGGCCGUGGCCGCACUGGCCGCGAUCGACGCGGUUUUGUCGGCGCUAAAAUUCGACCAGUGAUGGUCGGCGUCCCACCAAACAUCGAUGACGGUGAUUCGCUCACAACGGCAGGCAUCAGCAUUGGUGCCAGCACCAGUACUACGGGCUCACGAGCUCGUGGUGAUUCGUCUUCCUCAGAUUGGAGCGGGGGUGCCAUGGGCAUGAGUAUGCGCAAUGGUGGGCGGCGCGAAUUGAGCGUUCUUUGA